GGUUGGAUAUAUGGUUUUUUUGGGCAAGUGGGUUGUUUGUUGUUUAAAGAUUAUUGUUUUGAUGUCCAUAUUUUGACCAUUUAUGAACUGUGCAACAGCUAGAGGAAACUACAUGUUAGGCGAGUUUCUUGAGAUGUACAACGUUUCUUCCUCUGUACGCUUUCUCCACCGCUCGAUUUCGCCCCUCGCAUAGAAUAUUUCCCCCCAAAAAUGAAGGUUCAUAGAGUGUUGGAAAGACGAGCUUUUUGAACUUUAUGAAUGAUUUUUCUAUCCAUUUUGCUCUUCUUGUUCUUCAUGCUCCUCUCAAUUCUUUUCCGUGGUGUUGAAAAGUAUUCAUUUUUUUACUCUGUCAAAAGAAGGCUCAGUAGAAGUUCAAAAAGAUGGAAGCAGUGAAGCCAUCGGCUGUUACUCCGUCAAAGAGUAAAUGGGUUCGAACGUUAUCCAAAGUACUUCACCGGCACGCUGCUACGGGUGGGAUUGUCCCUGAUGAUGGGGUUCAGAAGGUUAAGCCUAAAGAAACAGAAGAUUGGAACGACAGUAAGACCGCCAAGAGAUUGUCUCAGAAAUUCGACAGCUUACAUGAUGAAGAGCUCGAAAGAAGGGUUGCCUUGGAAGCUCUCACUGCGAAAAUAUUUGCUACCGUUUCGGCUAUCAAGGCCGAAUAUGCUCAUUUGCAGUAUGCUCAGUCGCCUUACGAUGCCGAGGGGAUUCAAGCUGCUGAUCGAUCAAUAGUUUCGGACUUGAAGAAAUUGUCUGAAUUGAAGCAAUGUUUCUUGAAGAAACAGUAUGAUCCUUCCCCUGAACAUGCAAUAGUUUUAGCUGACCUUCAGGAACAGAAAUGUCUUUCGAAGACGUUUGAGAUUAUGGGAAAGAAAUUAGAAUCUCAGCUGAAGCUCAAACAGUCUGAGAUCAUUUUUCUUCGAGAAAAGUUGGAUGAAUCCAAUAAGCAAAACAGGUUGCUGGAGAAGAGAUUGAAUCAAAGUGGUCCGUUAUUUGUGCUCGACAACCUUCACCUAUCAAGCUUGAAUCCUAGCCAUUUUAUUAUCAUUCAUGUACAAACCGUUAAAUCGGUUAGGAAUUUCGUCAGGCUGAUGAUAGAUGAAAUGAAGUCCGCUGAUUGGGACAUUGAUGCAGCGGCUAGUUCGAUACAACAAGGUGUGGCCUAUUGGAAAGCAGACGACAAAUGUUAUGCAUUCGAGUCCUUCAUUUGCAGGGAAAUGUUUAAGGCCUUCCACCAUCCUUAUUUCUCUCUUUUUGACAGCUAUAUGCCCGAGGGGAAGAAACAUCCACAAGUCUUCUUCGAUAGAUUUAUGGAACUGAAAUCCUUGAGAGUUAAGGAAUAUCUUGCCUUGAAACCAAAGUCAACGUUCGCGAAAUUCUGUCGGGCCAAGUACUUACAAGUCGUUCAUCCGAAGAUGGAAUCAUCGUUUUUCGACAAUUUGAGCAGUAGGGACAUGGUGAGUUCCUAUCAGUUCCCAGACACUCCAUUUUUCACCUUAUUCGUGGAAAUGGCAAAGCGGGUCUGGCUCCUGCACUGCUUAGCCUUUGCUUUCGAGCCGGAGGCAUCAGUCUUUCAAAUAAACAGAGGGUGUAGAUUCUCUGAAGUAUACAUGGAAAGUGUAGCGGAGGAAGCGUUCCUUUCGUCGGAUAUUCGACCGGAAUCAGAACCGCGGGUGGCUUUCACUGUGGUUCCGGGAUUCAUGAUCGGUAAAACUGUAAUACAGUCCAAGUCUAUCUGUCUCAAAUGAAGACAAGGUAAACUAUGUCAGGCGUAGACAAUACAUGUGAGCCAAAAGCAGGACCCACAACAUAGUUAGAGUCGAACUGGAAGCGAUAAUCAUGAUUCUUUUUCUAGUAAAUUAGAUUGAGGAACAUGGCUUUGCCUGGUUACUGUG